CCGUCACUUUGACACUUUUCCAGUUCAGUACAAAUACCCCCCUAUCUAACUCCAACUAUCCACUCCUCUUCUUUCACUCUCAAUUUUCAGCUUCGCCGGAGCUACGACACCGUUUUCGUCCGAGCCAAUGGCUCUCAAGUCCUUCGUCGAAGUCCGACCGGACUCUCACUUCCCGAUACAGAACCUGCCGUAUGGAGUGUUCAAGCCGGCACCAAAUUCAGUGCCUCGACCUGGCGUGGCAAUCGGAGAUUACGUCUUGGACCUUUCCGAGAUUGCAUCUGCCGGUCUAUUCGACGGUCCCAUCCUCAACAACUCCUCCGACGUUUUUCACCAGCCUAAUUUAAACAGGUUUUUGGAAUUGGGCCGGCCGGCGUGGAAGGAAGCUCGAGCCACAUUGCAAAAGCUAUUGUCAUCUACAGAGCCUACAUUGCGUGACAAUGCAAAUUUGAGGCAGAAGGCUCUUGUCUUAUCGGACAAUGUAGAACUGCUUCUUCCUAUUGCUAUAGGGGACUACACGGAUUUCUUUUCAUCGAAGCAUCAUGCGAAGAAUUGUGGGACCAUAUUUCGUGGACCGGAGAACCCAAUUCCACCUAACUGGUUCCACAUCCCCAUUGCAUAUCAUGGACGAGCAUCAUCUGUUGUUAUCUCAGGAACUGACAUAAUUCGACCAAGAGGUCAAAGCCAUCCAACUGGAAACUCUCCACCAUACUUUGGUCCCUCAUUGAAGCUAGACUAUGAACUGGAAAUGGCUGCUGUAGUUGGUCCUGGAAAUGAAUUAGGAAAGCCUGUGGAUGUCAAUCAGGCAGCGGAACAUAUCUUUGGACUGGUGUUAAUGAAUGACUGGAGUGCUAGAGAUAUUCAGGCAUGGGAAUAUGUGCCUCUUGGGCCUUUUCUUGGGAAAAGUUUUGGUACUACUAUUUCCCCUUGGAUCGUGACAUUAGAAGCCUUAGAACCUUUUUCCUGUGAUGCUCCCAAGCAGGAACCUCCUCCAUUGCCCUAUCUGGCUGAAAAGAUAUCCAAGAAUUAUGACAUUUCAUUAGAGGUUCUAAUCAAACCUGCUGGACAGAAAGAUUCAACUGUGGUCACGAAGACUAAUUUCAAUCACUUGUAUUGGACAGUGACUCAACAAUUAGCACACCAUACUAUUAACGGUUGCAACUUAAGGCCUGGCGAUCUCCUAGGAACAGGAACCAUCAGUGGACCUGAACCAGAAUCUUAUGGAUGCUUGCUAGAGUUGACAUGGAAUGGACAAAACCCAUUGUCUUUAAAGGGGACAACUCGUAAAUUCCUAGAAGAUGGAGAUGAAGUCAUCAUUACUGGUUAUUGCAAGGGAAAUGGAUACAACAUAGGCUUUGGGACAUGCGAAGGGAAGAUAGUUCCUUCACACCCUUGAGGACGUUGUUCUCUUCUCCUUGCUGGUUUCACUGACGCAAUAACACCCUUCAAAAUCAGGCUGCCUGGUUUUUAAGCAUUUUGCCUUACAAUUGUUUUUUUGUAUUUGUACAUUUACUUGAUUGUGCUUAAUAAAAGCUCGGGAUUGCUUUUUAACAAAA